AUGCAGCUAGCUACUGAGCACUUCUGUGUUCACAACAGAAAUAGAGAGAAAAUGCUUACUUGGAUCAUUACCUUGUUUCUCUUAAUAGCAACUGUUUCAUGCAGUCAAGAAGAAGAUGGUAUGGCUAUAUGGGCUCGAGCAGGCAUCCUUGGCAACAGCACCAGUCAUGUCAUGGUACGACAACGGGCAGUUCGCAUGGCUAGCAGUAAGCUCAUGCAAGCUAGAGACUGGGCUUUGGGAUCAUCAAGAUUACAGAGUCUUGACCAUCAAAUGGCUUGCAGUGAAAUUGCUUUGAGUGACUGUGUUAAUCUUUACGAGGAUACUAAUUACAGGCUUCAGCGCUUAUUUUUACGCCAUAGACAUGAUGAUGCACGUACGUGGCUCAGCGGGGCUCUCACCAGCCACAGGACUUGCUUGGAGGGGCUUCGUGAGAUGAGUUGUUCUGUUCCUCAAGCUUUGCAAAAUCUUACUACCAUACUCAGUAAAACUUUGGCUCUUUAUGCACAGCCGUCCAGUGAGAACGAUCGAGAACCAUCAAGUUUGCAAUCAGAAGUAAAUCAGCCACUUCUAGUGUCAUGGGAUGCAUCUAUUUCAAGGGCUGAUUUCGUAGUGUCAAAGGAUGGAUCCAACAGUUAUAGAACCAUCAAUUCAGUAGUUGCUGUACUUGAGAAAGGAGGUGGUAAUCGAGGAAAGAGAGUGGUGAUCUAUGUCAAAGCAGGAGUUUACAAUGAGAACGUGGAAAUCAAAAGGAAUAUGGAGAAUGUGAUGUUCAUUGGUGAUGGAAUUGACAAAACAAUCAUCACUGGUAAUCGGAGUGUGCAUGAUGGUUCCUCAACAAUUAGUUCUGCCACCUUCGGUGUGUCUGGGGACGGCUUCUGGGCAAGGGACAUGACAUUUGAGAACACAGCCGGGCCUGAAAAGCAUCAAGCAGUUGCCGCAAGGGUUGGCUCGGAUCAUGCUAUCUUCUAUAGAUGUAGUUUCAGAGGUUAUCAGGAUACCCUCUUGGUUCACUCUCAGAGACAGUUUUACCGUGAAUGCCAUAUUUAUGGAACACAAGACUUCAUUUUUGGCAAUGCUGCUGUAGUGUUACAGAAUUGUGACAUAUUUGUCAGGAGGCCCAUGGCACACCAAUCCAAUGUCAUUACGGCCCAAGGAAGGGAGGACCCAAAUGAAAACACUGGAAUCUCAAUUCAUAGUUCGCGUGUGGUACCUGCCACAGAUUUAAUUGCAGUGAAGGGAUCAUUCAGGAGCUACUUAGGCAGACCAUGGAAGAAAUACUCCAGGACUGUGUUUUUGAAAACGGACCUUGAUGGACUCAUUGAUCCAAAGGGUUGGACUGAGUGGAGUGGAAAUUUCGCUUUAUCCACUCUUUAUUAUGGAGAAUACAUGAACUAUGGAAAUGGAGCUUCAAUUGGUGGUAGGGUGAAGUGGCCUGGGUUUCAUGUGCUGAAUAAUCCUCGUGAUGCAAGUCCUUUCACAGUUGGGAGUUUCAUACAGGGAAACUCAUGGAUACCAAUGGCCGGCGUGCCGUUCUCAGCUGGGCUAUAA